AUGGCUUUUAGAAAUACCAGUCCUCAUAAUAGUGCUUUAAAAAGACCUAUUUCGGUCGAUAAAUCUGAAUUUUUUGAUAUGUUGGAACCACUAGAAAUUAAUAUUCCCGUAUACCAUGAAAAUUUGUUGAUAAGUAAAAAUACUUUAAGCGCUUGCAUAGCAAAUCUGCCAGAUUUUCUGGAAAUAUAUACUGACGCAUCAAAACAAAAUGACGGUACGGGGUGUGCAUUCUAUAUACCAUCAGCAAACAUUCAAGAAAAAUUCAAACUAAAUAGCAGUACUUCCAUUUUUUCUGCAGAAGUUAUUGGUAUUAUUAAAGCCUGUGAGUAUAUCGAAAAAAGCAAGUUAAAAAAAAUACAUCUUUUGAGUGACUCCUUAUCGGUUCUUAAAUGCAUCGCUAACCCAAUUAAUGUGGUGGCUACUGAUAUAAAUCCUUUUAUUAAAGAACUAAAAUUAAAAAUUCAUAAAUUAAGAAAAAGUCACUACGAAUUAAAAUUCACUUGGGUAAAAGCUCAUAUAGGACUUCGUGGAAAUGAAGUAGUAGAUUCCUUAGCCAAAGAAAGCGUCACAACUGGACAGUAUAUGGAGAACAAUUUAGGAGCUCAAGAAUAUUUAACGAUAUCUAAACGUAAUUUUAAGGAAAAAUGGGAAUUGCACUGGAAAAAAAUAUUGCGGUAA